AUAUAUCCAGGUUCAUUGUGAGCCGCAGGUCUGUCUUCGACGAGAAACAUUUGUCAUCCGUCCGUCCCGUUGAAUUAGAGAAUCACGUUCCCAGCGUCCACAAAGAAGUCUCCUCGCCAUGGCGUCGAAGAGAAUCCUCAAAGAGCUCCGGGACUUGCAAAGAGAUCCUCCAACUUCAUGCAGUGCAGGCCCUAUUGCUGAGGACAUGUUCCACUGGCAAGCGACCAUCAUCGGUCCGAAUGACAGUCCAUAUUCGGGCGGAGUGUUUCUGGUGACAAUUCAUUUUCCACCGGACUACCCUUUCAAGCCUCCAAAGGUAGCUUUCAGGACCAAGGUAUUCCAUCCAAACAUUAACAGCAAUGGAAACAUAUGCUUGGACAUUCUCAAGGAGCAGUGGAGUCCUGCCCUCACUAUAUCCAAGGUUUUACUAUCCAUAUGCUCCCUGCUCACGGAUCCGAACCCGGACGACCCGCUUGUGCCGGAGAUCGCUCACAUGUACAAGAGCGACAGACCCAAGUACGAAGCUAUGGCCCGGAGCUGGACUCAGAAGUACGCCAUGGGCUGAAGCUUAAAACGAUCAAACAGAAAAUUAAAGAGGGGCAGAUGGAUAAGAAGUCGCUUUUUACUAGAAUAAAACUCUCUUACUUUUGGAAUGGAAAGGUCCCUUCAAAUUCGAUUCUUUUUAAGUGUCGUUUCUGGGGUCUUGAUUUCGACUUUUUUGGAGCCCAAUAAGGUGAUGGAAUUAAAUUCUCUC